UGUAGUCCUUAUGUUUCCCUUCCGUAGGGCCUUCGCGCUAGUCUGUCGGGUCCCGCCUAUUCUCUGCUCCCCUAAACCCUCACACUUGUCUUGACCAUUUGAAGACCAGGAAGUUGAUAAAUCCUGAGGCUGACUGCAGAGAGACGGUGGCUCAGAUAGGACAGUCGCCAGGGAUGGCGGAGCGUGAGAAUGGAGCGAGUGUUGGGGCUGCUUUCCUGUACGCUGAGCAGAGCCCUGUGGUCCUCAGGCCUCUCUGAGCAGGGAGCUGCCCGGCAGCCCCGGAUCAUGGAAGAGAAAGCGCUAGAGGUUUAUGAUUUGAUUCGAACUAUCCGGGACCCAGAAAAGCCCAAUACUUUAGAAGAACUGGAAGUGGUAACAGAAAGUUGCGUGGAGGUUCAGGAGAUAAAUGAAGACGACUAUCUGGUUAUUAUCAGGUUCACGCCAACAGUACCUCAUUGCUCUUUGGCAACUCUUAUUGGGCUGUGCUUGAGAGUAAAACUUCAGCGGUGUUUGCCAUUUAAGCACAAGUUGGAAAUCUACAUUUCUGAAGGAACCCACUCAACAGAAGAAGAUAUCAACAAGCAAAUAAAUGACAAAGAGAGAGUGGCAGCUGCAAUGGAGAACCCCAACUUACGGGAAAUUGUGGAACAGUGUGUCCUUGAACCUGACUAAUAGCUAUUGUAAGAGUCUCUGAACUGUAAUUAUUUGAUAGAUUUGUUUAAACUCUUUGUAAAAUGUAAAAGACUCAUGUUUAAUACAUAAAUGAUUUGUACCUCAAAGCAUUUUUUAAAGGAUUAUUUCCAAGCAAGUUAUAAUUACAAGGUAGGACCUAAUUUGUUCAGUGAAUAACAUUCUCAGGAUUUGUAACAUUUAAGUGAUCAGACAGAAAAAUAUUUUCUAGUUCUUAUGGUGUAAAAUGAGUUACUAUUUUUCUGAUGCUCAUUCUUAUACAACUACUUUUCAUGUCAAAUCUCUACUGUGCCCAAAUAUAUUUGAUUUAAGUCAUUACUGUAAAAUAAAUAAAACAGAUGAUUCUUA